AUGGCCACCACGGCGACCGACGUUGUCCGAAACCGCGACGUAGACCAUGUCCGAAAACGCAAGGCUGGCAGCACUGGGCAUGCGGCCCCGAACCAAGACAGCACUACCAGCACCGCCAGCACCGCCAGCACCGCCACCAGCGGCACUUCGACUCCCGUCCCCGAGAAUGCGCCCCCGUCCAACAAGGCGCUCUCGUCGGCGCGCAAGACGCUCCGCGCCGAGCAGCGCAGCAUCAUCCACCACCGCCGCAUCUUCCCCACGACCGACUUCGCCUCGCGCCUCUCCCACCUCGACCCGGACUCGGACCACCGCGACUUCCACGGCUUCUUCAACCUCUUCUGGAUCGGCCUCGCCAUCAUGGGCCUGACCACCAUGCUGCGCCACAUGAAGGACACGGGCUACCCGUUCACCUUUGAGAUCUGGUCCCUCUUCACCGUCAAGCUGUGGCACCUGGCCGCGGCCGACUUUCUCAUGGUGGCCACCACCGCCGUCGCCCUCCCGCUGCACCGCGCCGUCCGCGCCGCGCCGCAGGACGGGUGCUGGACGUGGCGCCGCGGCGGCGUCGCCGUCCAGAGCCUCUACCAGGUCGCGUGGCUCGCCUUUUGGGUCGCGGUGCCGUUUUGGCUCGAGUGGACCUGGACCGCGCAGGUGUUUCUGCUGCUGCACACCAUGGUGCUGCUCAUGAAGAUGCACUCGUACGCCUUCUACAACGGCCACCUGUCCGAGACGGAGAAGCGCCUCUGCCGCCUCGACGCCCCGACCGCGAGGGGCACCGAGGACCGCUCCCCGCCGUAUAUUUACCCCGUCGCCGAUGUCAGCCGCCGCACUAGCAAGGCCGGCUUGGCCGUCGACCUCGCCGGCGGCCAGGAGGACGUGCAUCUGUACCACGCCGGCAAGCACGACGACGGCACGCAGCCGCAGUCGGCGCCCACCUCGCCCACCACCCGCGGCAAGUCUCCGUCGUCGGAGCCGGAAACGACGACCAACGACACAGCCAGGACGGACCACGAAUGCGACUCGGACGACGAGAUUGAGCUCCUCCGCGACGCCCUCGCCCGCGAGCUCACCUCCCCCAUGGGGCACGUCACCUACCCGCGCAACCUGACCUGGGCCAACUACCUCGACUUCCUCUUCUGCCCGACCCUCUGCUACGAGAUCGAGUACCCGCGCACGCCCACCAUAAACUGGACGUCGCUCAUCUCCAAGAUCAUCGCCGUCUUUGGCUGCAUCUUCCUCCUCACCAUCACCUCGGAAGACUUCAUCCUGCCCGUGCUCGCCGACGCCGAGGCCCGGCUCGCCACCAUUGCCGCCACGCCGUCGCACUCCUCCCUCGCCGAGACGCUCCUCGUCCUCGCCGAGACCAUUUCCUGGCUGCUCUUCCCCUUUAUGCUCACCUUUCUCCUCGUCUUCCUCGUCAUCUUCGAGUACGUCCUCGGCGCCAUGGCCGAGAUGACGCGCUUCGCCGACCGCCGCUUCUACGCCGACUGGUGGAACUCGACCGACUGGAUGGAGUUUUCCCGCGAGUGGAACAUUCCCGUCCACGCCUUUUUGCGCCGCCACGUCUACUCGGCCUCGAGGCCCUUUACCGGACGCGCCGGCGCCACCGCCCUCACCUUUCUCAUCUCCGCCGUCGGCCACGAAAUCGUCAUGGGCUGCAUCACAAAGAAGCUCCGCGGCUACGGCUUCAUCUGCCAGAUGCUCCAGCUGCCCAUUGUCAUGCUGCAGCGCACACCAUGGGUCCGCGGCAGGAGGACCCUCAACAAUGUCUGUUUCUGGUCCUCCAUGAUCAUGGGCCUGUCCCUCAUUUGUGCCCUUUACGUGCUGGUAUGA